AUGAAGAAGGCGUACGGAUGUGACCUUAGAGAGAAAUUCAUCAUACCCGAUAAAACCAAGAAGUUAUAUGAAUCCCCUAAAACUUGGCGAUGCGUACGUCAAAAGUACCUGGAUCUGGCAGGAACUUUCAAAGAUUGCAUGGAACAGAAGCUUCCACAGAAACGGGAGUCCAUGAUGCCAACAUCUUUCCCAGAAGGCCUCACACCAUCCUUCAAAGCGAACAAUCUAGCAAUCUCAGAAUUGGUCUCUGAAAUCCUUACAUUCAUGGUCGUACUGCGGAUCUCACACUAUCCAUCAAUUUCAUCGACAAAGACUACGAGAUUUCCAACCAUCGGAUCUCGCACCAACCUCUGGCGCGAGAGGCUAUCAAGAUCGCCAUAUCCACAAUGGAAUCCACGAACAGGAUAUGGCUCCUACCACCAAAGCAGUCCACACGGACUCACUACAGUGAAGAAGGGCCUAUACACUAACCCUGGCAGAGCGCGAAUCUAUGCGAUUAAAUAUAAUGGUGGGCCAAGUAUGAUUUCUUGCUUGGUGAAAGGUGGGGUUGCGAAUGGAGCAUAUGUGCUGAUAGAAGAAAAUGGUGUGUUAGGUGCAGAUGAGAGUCGUAAGGUCCCUUGGCCGGUUGUUCUACGAACUCCCGCUUUAACACUAAAAAGAAGUAUUGGCGUGGAUCAAGAAUAUCCCUGUAAUAGUAAUUCGAACCGUCUGUUAGUCUUGGAUGGGGCGGUGGGUGGACUGAGAUGUGACUAUGACGGGAUAUGGGCAUUUGUUGGCUGGAAAGUAUAUCUACCAACAUUUCGGAUAUACAACAGAGAGUAUGGCGGAGCGGGCUGGAAAAUAUUUGAAGGAUUGAAAUGCAUGUACAAAAUUAUUCAUUUCCUAUGCAACAAUUCAUUGCGUGCCAAGGUAAAUCGCGAGGGUGAACUCGAUCUCUUGAACCUCUUGCAAGAAAUAGAGACAUUAUUCAGCAGAGUUUCGUCGUGGGCAAGAUUAGAAAUUUGA